GGGCUGUCAAGUUCACAGGAAAGGUGUCGCGCGCGACCGGAAGCUGUAGACGUUUGCUUUCACAUGAAAUCUUCCAGAAAGAGGGUUCCGCUAGGGCCCUUUUAUUUUUUAAAGUUUAAACCGGAAGUAGGUGUUUUCAUUGUCAAGUACUUGUCAGUAUGGGAGUGGGUGAAGAUAAAAAAAAAAAAAAGUCUUGAAACACCGCGGAGCCUGAUGGGGGACGGUGGGACAUUGUUGGGUUGUUUGAUUGUUUUUCUCUAUUUUUCACAUGAACACGAGGACACUCGUGACUGGCGAGACAUCAGAGGUCUCUAGAACCAUGUCUAGUCGCAAUUGUUUUAAAUUUCAUCAUGGGUCCAUGACGAAAUGUUUCCCCCUCUUCUUCCGUCUGGACUUUAAAAAAAAAAGAAAAAAAAGCCCCGUCGUCGCUGCUGUUUUGUGUCGAUUACGAGCAGCGAGCGCAUCCGUGCCAAAGUUCUCCACAUGAACGUGGACAUAGUUCAGUUUUUUUGGGGAAACUGCGUCUGUCUUUUGUCACCGAUGGACUACUGCAGACGCAGAGCAUAAAAGUCGAACCCCUAGAUCCAUUGUCGGACACGCUGCCAACCGAGCCCGGUCACGUCUAACGCUUGGUGUUAGCUGUCGUUAUGGCCUCUCUCUCACAUUCUCUUUUCCCCUGGUCCCGCACUGCAACCGCAUAUCUCUUCCUCAUAAUGUCUGCCAGCUGGUGUUGGUUGACAUAGACCCACAUAAUUGCAAAGUAAUGGCACAUACGCGGGGAAGGGGGUGCGGGCGGUUACAGAACUUACGCAAAGCGGCCGCAAACUAGAAGGCGGAUGAUGCGUUUGUGUGAUUCGUGGUGAAGCUGCGAUCAAAUUGACUUUUGUUCCGUGUUGGUGAAGAAGAGACUCACGCUCGGUCACUUUGCGCAGACUGCCUCUGCUUCUGUUGUCCAGGUUUCACCCGAACACGGGGAGGUGGGGAGGGAAAUGUAGACAGUGACGUGUCCGAUAACGGACUCAUUUUGGGUUUACUCUUUUUUUUCCCUGCGAAUUGUUGACCCGGUGCAAAGUCAAAGUAGACACACAUGAAUAAAUAAAACCCGUCGUGGAACGUGUUCGGUUCUCGCUGUGUGGACGGAGCACUGCGUUAUAGACUGUGCGUCGUUUUUUUUAAUUAUUUUUUUUGCCGCCGCGCAGCUCCGGGAACUGAAGCGCUCCGUUAAAGAGCACAGACACAAUGGCGAGGUUUUUUUUUUUUUUUUUUACCGCUGCUCCUAAACUCCAUGCGCACUUUAGAGGAAAUUUGAGGCACACACGCACACACGCCUCGCAUCGGCCUCUUCUUUCUGCAUGUGUGUGUGUUACAACAGACGCAACGAGCACAUCUGCACGCCGUCAAUGAACAUCGCGUGGCUGUUGUUAGAAUCUUCGGUGAUUAUUCGGGGGGGUUUUGUUGCGUGACUGCGUCUCGUCUGUGAAAGUUGUGCGAAAUGCAGUGCGCUGGCCUGAAUGAAUGCCGUCCGUACAAGCGGCUCUCUUCCACAGGAGCGGGGCGGGCUUUAGUUUGCGCUCUGCUGCCUGGACACGCAGUCGCAAGGUACAAGGCUGACACCUCCAUGGUCAUGGACACAGACAGUAAUGCAGAUGAGGAGGGGGCCGAUGAAAGCCGCGAUGGACAGGAGGGGCCGUCCCCUGGUGGGCACACGCAUGAAGAUGCUGCUGUGCACUGUGCCACUGUGCGAGCAGUCUCUGCCCCCUGCUCCCCCUCUGGCACCCGGCCUGGCUCUGGCUCCGGACCCGGCUCUGGCUCCGGACCCGGCUCUGGCUCCGGACCCGGCUCUGGCUCGGCACUGGACUCUGUACCUUUCCAGAAGGCCAGUGAGAGGCCCAGCUCCUUGCCUCCCUCCAGCCCCAGGGCCCUCGCACACAAUGACUGGACUUAUGAUUGUGCUGUCUGCCCAGUGGAGCGCCAGCACCCAGGAAUGAAGGGAGACAAUGUAGAAGCAGCCAUGAAGCCAGUGAUCCACUCUGUGACCACCAGCCCCUGCACUUUAAAGAACAACGUGAAGAAAGAGGAUGGAGACAAGGUGGAGGACAACGGCCUUUCGUGUGACCAGUUGGUGCCAGACUGCAAGGCUGCACCACGACUGGAUGAGAGCAGGAAUGUGUCCGACGGGAGGCCACAAACACUCUCUUUACCAUCGGACAACUGUACGUUAAAAAAGAAGUUGGAUAUAUCGCCCUUUACAACACCUGAAGAUGGUCUCCUGAAUGGUGGUAAAGUCGAGGAAGUCUCCGUGAAGAAGGAGAAGAUGAGUCAGAACCUGUUGCAGUGGACGGUGGCAGACGUGGCCAGUUACUUCUCUGCUGCAGGCUUCCCGGAGCAGGCUGUGGCCUUCAGAGCACAGGAAAUCGAUGGGAAGUCCCUUCUCCUCAUGCAGCGCAGCGACGUCUUGACUGGUUUGUCUAUCAGACUCGGCCCCGCCCUCAAAAUCUACGAGCGCCACGUAAAGGUGCUGCAGAGGACCCACUUCCUGGAAUACGAAGAUCUCUGAGGUGGUGAUUCACAACACGACAGACAGAAAGAAAGAAACAUGCUGCAUUGACGUGAACGUGCAUGCAGUGCCCUCUCCCAUCUGGAUCCUGCCACCCACCUUCAUAUACAGUUUAUGCAGAGGGUGAGUGGGGGAGAACGGCUGUGGUGGAAGUAACUUUCGCUGUGAGAAUGACCAGAAACUGAAAGACACCUCAUCCUACCUCUCAUUAUGGUCUUUGGUUUUCACAUAGUUGCCAUUUCACCCAUGUGACCUCAUUGUGGAGGAGCAGUGACCUUCCCACACGAGUGAAAUAUGGGUAAUGUAGUCGCUGCAGAGGACUCUCCCUUGCACCAAGUGCGCCACGUAUGGGGCGCGACACUUUCAGACAUUUCAGACUGCAGGGUGCUGUAGCAAAGUGUUGUCACGGUUUUGGGUCCAUAAGAAAAAGGUUGUUUUGUUGCGGUUCUGAAAUUUCCAUCCGUGUCCUCACUACAUCUAUUCCAUUACUUUGCGUUCAUCCAGAAACAAAUGAACACACAAAGCACAUCUGAUGUGCGUUUCACUUCAACUCAUAUGAUGAGUGGAUUUAGAUGGCAUGAAAGUGCUGGGGGACGUCAAACUUAUCGACAUCAAAAGCUGGAUUCCCUGACCCCUCUUGUGACCAAUCGCUGCUGAUCACAUCUCCGUGUUAUCUCUACGUAUCAAUGAGAUUCUGCACUAAGAUAAAUUGCUACUACUUGCUGGCAAGGCAAUAUAUUGUCUUUUUUUUUUCUCCCCCUUGUUUUAUCUUAUUUAGAAAAUGAAUGUGGUCCAACCUAAAACAGUUACAUUCUGAACCAUGUCAGAUGUGGCCAGUUUAUGUGCAGCCCAAUGGAAUAUGCUUUUUAUACGUGAAAUAAAAACAAUAAACAGGCCAGGUAUGCUGAUGUAAAACUGAAUAUAUGGUUUUAAAUUGAAUACAGCUGCUCGGGAGUCCGUUUACAGGGCAGACACUUUGAUCAAAUGCAAUUUUAUGUUGUUAUCCUCGUAUGUAUAACUUGUUCAGCGCCUCCUCGUGUUCUUGAUCCAAGCCAGCCUCGCGAACUGUCACAUUCCAUAUGAUGUAGUCGACAUCUCCCGCGUUAUAUCUGCCCCCCCCCCAUGUCUGUAACAUUGAGACUUCUUCCAGAGUCACAAAUAAAGUUUGUGUCUCUCUGUUCA